AUGUGGGUUCUUCCACCGUCGAACUUGACAUAUGCACAGCCAGCAAUGGGCGAUGGUCACUAUCUGCUGUCAUUCUUUAUGACGGAAGUAGUCAGUUCAUUAGCCCCAAUUGUGUCGGAUGGCGAUAAGCUUUGGAAAUUACUAUUUCAGCUCUCAUUCUCCGACGAUUCGCCCGCUUCGAUGGCUGUCCUACGAGCAAUAUUGGCCCUAGCAUCAUUAUACCGUCAUGGACACGGCGCAGAGGCUCUUCAACUAAAGGUGGCGGCUCUUAACUCUUUGGCCGCAUCCAUGAAUGGGCUCACUACCGGGACAAGGGAGAUUUAUCAGCAUGUCGCCGUGGGCAUGCUACUCUGCGCAUUUGAGAUAUUUUUGCCAUCAGAGAGCUCCUUCCAAUGGCCGUUAUAUUUGUCCGGCGCUAAGAGCAUGCUCCACAAAAUUUGCGACGGAGGGCAUCCCAAGCUGAUAGAGUUCGAUCUUCUUGUACUUUGGGUGCAUUAUCAUGAUGUUCUUGGGAAGUUCGCUUCGAGACAUUGGAAGGUACAGUCUGCAGAGAAUGCGUCGAUCUUCAAGGUCCCGGGUAUGGCUUCGACUCUAGCUUCUGUGUCAAAUGAUCAAGUUAUCAGCAUCUUUGGAUGCUCGCUGGAGAUGAUAAACCUGAUCGCCAGAAUGUCGGAUGUCCAAUUCGAUAGUGAAAUGUCCUAUAAACACCGUGACGCUGACCAAGGUUCUCUCGAUUCUAUUGAGCACGACCUGAUGGUUCUCAAGCAAGAUACCACGUACUUCUCGGGGACAAAUAUUUCAGAGGAAGUUAACCGCGGAAGCAAGAUGUCUAAGCUUUAUCAACUGGCAGGGUUGAUCUAUUUUGAGCGUGUUUUGAAAAGAUACCCUAAUAGCAUACGAGUGGCAAGAUGGUCCGGUGAAGCUUUUGAUCUCCUUCGGGAGUUGGUUAUAUGCGAGCGACCAUUCCCGCUGUUUUUCAUAGCAUGUGAAGCGCAUACUGAUACCCAACGGGAGCUCAUUCUUUCUAUCUUGGAAAGGACACACAAUCGAUCUAAUCAGCGGAGGUUGUACGCUAUACAGGCAAUGAUUGAAUCGAUGUGGGUGCAACAUGACCUAAUCUCGGACUCGAAUACGGAGGGAAGGGUUUAUGUCGAUACGCUGAACGCUAUCAUGUCUUCAAACGAGCUUUUACCAACACUGGCCUAG